UUGGUAUAAAUUGUUAGCACCGCAAGGCCGGCACUGUCGCACCCCAGACUCUCGUCCUCUCUGCUAGCCUCGAGAGAAGUAAUUUUCUUCUUCAUCAAAACGGUAUUACGGUAGAAUAAUCAAUCAGUCACGUUAUGUCCGCCGACGCCUAUGUGGGCUCCUCUGUGCUGUGUUGCUUCAAGAACAAGCCACGAAGCUCCUCGCCAAGAGCUGAGCUAGUGUCAGUCACUUCUUCAGCACCUAACAGCAAGAUAUCCCGGAACCGAGUGGCGCCGCUCGCGGCUAGGUCGUGUCCAGUGACAAAAGAAGCCUCUUUGAAAAACUACGUGGAUGGAACAGUUGCCGUGGACACGCUGCAUCAGAAGCAGCUUCAGCCCGGGAUCUGUACAAACAACCUAUGUUUGGGUUCAACAAUGUUGAACGACGACAUGAAACACCCUAAGGCGCAUAGAUCAAAGGGGGAUAUGCUGACCGGUGCCAAGGACUUCUGUGACCAAUAUUACACUUCAUUAAAAAGCUUAAACUCUGAACGUCAUAAAAAGAGGUGGGCAGAAGUCAAAAAUGACAUAUCGACAUCCGGAACCUAUGACAUGACCUUGGAGGAGCUGACCUUCGGUGUGAAGACAGCAUGGAGGAACGCACCGCGGUGUAUUGGAAGAAUCCAGUGGUCAAAACUGAAGGUGAUGGAUGCUCGCCACGUGUCCACGGCUCGGGGAAUGUUUGAAGCGAUUUGUUCCCAUCUUGAGUACGGCACCAACAACGGUAACAUCAGGUCUACAAUCACUGUGUUUCCCCAGCGUAAAGCCAGGAAGGAAGACUUCCGGGUAUGGAACAAUCAGCUGAUCCUAUACGCUGGCUACCGUCAGUCUGACGGCAGCGUCGUCGGCGACCCCGCCAACUUAGAGUUCACAGAGAUAUGCGAGGCGCUGGGUUGGCGUGGGAAAGGCGGGAUGUUUGAUGUUCUACCACUCGUCCUGUCUGCUGGAGGCAACGACCCAGAAGUGUUUGACAUUCCCGAGAAGCUUGUGCUGGAAGUGACGCUCAAACACCCAAGAUACCAGUGGUUUGAGGAGUUUGGCUUGAAGUGGUUCGCAUUUCCGGGUGUGUCCAAGAUGCUGCUUGACUGUGGUGGGAUUGAGUUUCCCGCAAUCCCUUUCAACGGCUGGUACAUGGGGACGGAGGUCGGGGCCAGGAAUAUAUGUGACGUCGCAAGAUACAACAUGACUGAGAAAGUUGCUAUUAAGAUGGGUCUGAACACUGAGAGUAUCUCUUCACUAUGGCGUGACCGAGCCUUAGUGGAGGUCAACAUUGCUGUACUGUAUAGCUUCCAGUCGACAGGUGUGACCAUUUUUGAUCACCACACAGCGUCCGAAUCCUUCAUCCAGCAUUUUCAGACCGAGCAGCGUCUGCGAGGGGGGUGCCCCGCUGACUGGGUGUGGGUAGUGCCCCCGAUGAGUGGGAGUCUGACAGAUGUGUUUCAUCAAGAGAUGAUGGUCUACAAGCUCAAGCCUUCAUAUGAGUACCAGGAGGACGCGUGGAAGGUUCAUGUCUGGAAGGACAAGGGCCUGCAUCAAAGGUACCUGGAGGUGCAACAAAAACGACUAAACAAAUCUAAAGCAAAUGCUGUGGCCAGCCACAUCAACUGUGUCAUCAUGUACGCCACGGAGACCGGCAGAUCAGAACGCUUCGCAAGGAGGUUGUGUCAGACAUUCAAGCGUGCGUUUACUACCAGGGUCGUGUGUAUGGAGGACAUCUGCUUCACUGAGCUGCAGGAGCAGAACCUCAUCCUUGUCGUAACCAGCACUUUCGGCAACGGCGAAGGCCCCGAAAAUGGAGAGGCUUUCGCCAAGAGCCUGGAGAUACUUAAACAGUCAAACAGAAACAAGGGGAGUGAAGCAGGAGACGAUAUCGAGCUUAAUGGAAGACCACUAAAAAACAUCAGAUACGGAGUGUUUGGACUGGGUUCGAGAGCAUACCCCCAUUUCUGCGCCUUCGGUCACUUCCUGGACUCGCUGCUGGGUGACCUCGGGGGUCAGAAGAUCCUGGAGACGGGGGAGGGGGAUGAACUGAGUGGGCAGGAGAACUCCUUUAAGACCUGGGCACAGCACGCCUUUAAGGCUUCCCUGACGGCGUUCGACGUGGACAGCGACAUGGACAUGACAAACCUCACCGGGGACCUGUCCACUAACGACGACACGUGGUCGGCCGACAGAUUCCGUAUAGCAAAACUUCCUGACGGGGAUGAGGGUGACUUGUUUAAAGUUCUCGGCAAGAUCAGCAACAAGACUGUCGUGCCGUGUAAGGUCCUAGAGAGAAGACAGCUCCAGUCUCAAACGUCUCCGCGGCAAACUAUCCUGGUCCGGCUCGAAACUAAUGCUGCCACUACCAUGAAGUACAGCCCAGGUGAUCACUUAGCCAUAUUUCCCUCAAACUCCCCGGCAAUGGUGGACGCCAUCUUGUCUCGCCUACACGAUGCGCCCCCUGACGGACAAAUCAUGCGGAUAGAAAUGAUGCAGGAGGAGACAACCACACGAGGCACUGCGAAGAAGUGGGUGACAUGGGACAAGCUGCCGGCCUGUUCUCUAAGAACAGCCUUCACCCGGUACCUUGAUGUGACCACGCCCCCCACCCAGGACUUCCUGAAAGUGUUGUCCAGCUUGGCAGUACGGAACCAGGACAAGGACAGACUUGACCUUCUGACCACUGAUUCAAGCGUUUACGAGGAAUGGAGGGAUACGAAGACGCCGACCCUCGUGGAAGUGUUGGGGGAAUUCCCCUCCCUCCGGGUACCCGCCUCGCUGCUCGUCACGCAACUCCCCUUACUGAAACAGCGUUACUACAGCAUCAGUUCUUCUCACGACGCCAACCCCAAAGAGGUCCAUGCCACUGUUGCCGUGCUAAAGUACACAACGCAAGGUGGCGUGGAACACGAGGGUGUGUGUUCCGGUUGGCUAAACAGACUGGAGGUCGGACAGGUCAUCCCGUGCGCUAUCAGAGCCGCCCCCAACUUCCGCCUACCAGAGGACAAGACGCUGCCGGUGAUGAUGGUGGGACCAGGGACAGGCGUCGCCCCCUUCAGAAGCUUCUGGCAACAGCGGCAGAUAGAGAUGGCCAGAGGACCUGCUCCGAACAACUCAAGUCGACGAGGUUGGGGUGACAUGACGCUGUAUUUCGGCUGCCGGUCGUCGAGCCAAGAUCACGUGUAUGAAUCUGAGCUGGCGGCCAUGAAGACACAGGGAGUGCUAAGCGACUACCACGUGGCCUUGUCACGCGAACCAGGCACACCGAAGAUGUACGUCCAGGACAUGUUGCGACAACAAGCCAAGUACGCCUACAACACCAUGGUCAAUUCCGGCGGACACAUCUACAUAUGCGGCGAUGUAGCAAUGGCCGAAGAUGUCAAGCAGACCCUCGAGCGGAUUCUGAGUGAGCACGGAAACCUGACACCAGAAGCAGCCAGAGACUAUAUUCGCAAAAUGAGGAGUGACAAGAGAUACCACGAAGAUAUAUUCGGUGUUGCCCUGAAGAAAACGAAAGUGGAAAACAGGUCAUCUGCCAAGACGAAAGAGCAGUCAGCAUCUGUAGUGCUCAAUACAUCUCAAAGUUCACGACAUGUCCCCAAAAGAAGUCAAACAUCCACAUAGGAAUCCGUUGUGAUAGUAAUACAAGACUGGAAGACGCUCAAAGGGACAUAAUCGUCGGCAGAUCUUCUGAUGCCAACAGACUAGCUGCGAAGUGGAGAUGCAAGGAUUGUCAGGCACCGACUCAUUGGGCGUUUGUGUCAACUGAUAGCGAUUCAUAAUACAGUGAAAUAUCAAGUCUAUUAACGACUGUAAAUCGAAGGAUAGGAAUGCAAAUUUGUACAUUUUACUGAUAUAUUGUAUUUGAAUGAAGAUAAUGUACGUGGAAGAACGUUCAUUGAAAUGCAAUGCAGAAACAAUCAAGUACCAUCAAGUACAUCCACAUAUCCUUAAACAGUGCAACACUCCACGUGGUAUUAGUGGCAAUACACUAAUACACUGUACCAUCUCGUUUCCAAACCAUAUAGGCGACUAACGGGAUAAGGUGGUCAGGCUCGCGGAAAUCGUUGAAUUCAUAUGGUUACAAACCAUGGAGCCGUUCCAUGAUGCGAUCUUAGGGCUGUCGUAAAUCAAUGCUAAAGUAGAUUCGAUGGGCCACCGUCAGAAUGCUGUCUGGGAAAUGUAUAUUAACAGUUCAGAAUGUUCUUACUUCAGGAAAGCCCUUUCCACUCACUUGGUGGACGCCCUUAUCAAAUCUGUUGAACUGUGCAGUUGGUUGUGGCAUAUUGCAGAUUGUACAUGUUUCAAGAAAUCCAACAUGAUCAAACGUAAUAUUAGUCACGUAUAAUGACAACUGUACCCUACAAAAUGUAGAUGUUGAACCCAAAUUCCUUAUUCCCUGGUCUACACACUCCACUUGUGCUCAGAGUGUCCUUUAUAGGGGUGUUAUUGUUUACUACUACUACCCCUACUACUACUACUACCUUGACUAAAAAUAAUAAUAAGAAGAAGAAUGAUCGAAACAAGCUGCAGUAUGACUGUUCCAGGAUCACCGAAAUCAUCUUUGCUGCAUUUUAUAUUCUAAUCUGGACAAAGGACAGUAAAAGAUUGGUUGAUUGGUUGGUUUGUUGUCUUAAC